AUGGCUGACACUAAGAUUCAAGAGGGCGACAAAGUUUCUUGGAACUGGGGUGGCGGACAACCCGGUGGUGAGGUUGCCGAGGUCAAAUCGCAAGGCGAGAUCGCCAUCGAAUCCAAGCGAGGCAACACCAUCAAGAAGAAUGCCGACCCCGAAAAUCCAGCGGUUCAUGUCGAGCGGUCCGGCAAUGACGUCGUCAAGCGUGCUUCUGAGCUUCAUGUAGAGGAGAAGGCUAAUGGCAACUCCGAACAAGCCAACGGCGACUCCAAGUCUGAGGAGAAGCAAGCAGAGCCUGAAAAGGCCGACAAGGAGACUGAAUCCAACAAUAAGGCUGACGAGAAGCCGGCCGAGCCGGAAAAGAAGGAUGAGGAGAUGAAGGACGCGGAGCCGGAGAAGGUGGCCGACAAGGACGCCUCCGACAAACAAAACGGUGUCUCUGACAAAGUCGAGGCCUCUAAGGCAGAUCAAGACAACGAACAGCCCAAGGAGGGUGCUGAAAAAGAAAAGCAGCCUGAGGGAGAGGGCAAGGCUGAGGAAGAUCCCAAGAUUGGCGACAAGCGCAAAGCUGAAGAGCCUGCUACUGAGACAAACGGCGCGGAGGAUGAUGAAGAGCCUGUCUCGAAGAAGGCUAAAGCUGACGAGGGGAAGACCGAGGACAAGAAGAAGCCUGGCCGUCCCAAGGGUGGCGCUAAGAAGGAAAAGAAAGAGUCUGCGAAGGAACCCAAAAAGGCCGCUACUGCGGAUGGGCAACCCAGGCGGUCAGGCAGGAACAGGUCCUGA